CAAGCGACGUCACUUCCUCCCCACGUGAAACUCCUCGUACAUGUGAGCAGCACCUAUCUGCUGCGGGUUUCUUUGUUUGCAAGUCAUUAUAUCAAAUAUUCUCGGCUUAUGAUUAUCGAUAGCAGGAGCAUGGAGUCGGCAGAGGAGGAUGCGCAGCUCGGACAGGAGUCAGAGGAGGAAUACAGCGAUUUAUCUGACAAUGAGUUGCAGGAAGCUUUUGCCCAGGGGCUGUUGAAACCAGGGAUGAACGUUCUGGUGGAUGAAUCCAAAAAGUUCGUCAAUAAUGUGGAGGGAUUAAAGAGUUGUCUUGCUGAUUUCCGUAAAGACCUUCCCUGGGUGGAGAGGUUGGAUCUGACCAACCUUCCUGUUGAAGAUGUUCUGACCAAAGUUGAAGGAAAACUCCCUAAUUCUGCGAAUGGAGAUGUUAACGCGGACGAUGAUUUCCAAAGGGAGAUGUUCUUCUAUCGUCAGGCUCAGGCUACAGUCUUGGAGGCUCUGCCCCUCUUGAACAAGCACAGCAUACCCACCAAGAGGCCUGAUGAUUACUUUGCAGAGAUGGCCAAGUCAGACCAGCACAUGCAGAAGAUCAGGAAAAAGCUGAUCUCCAAGCAGAUGAUUCUGGAGAAGUCGGAGAAGGCCAAGAAACUGAGAGAGCAAAGGAAGUUUGGCAAAAAGGUCCAAAUAGAAGUGAUCCAGAAGAGGCAGAAAGAGAAGAAAGCUAUGAUGUCAGCUGUAAAGAAAUACCAGAAAGGCAUGACAGACAAACUGGAUUUCUUGGAAGGAGACCAGAAGUCUGGCAAAGACUCUUCACAGGGAUCCAAGAAAGCAGCCAACAAGAAAGGCCCCAACGCUAAGAGAAAAUACAAGGACCAGAAGUUCGGCUUUGGAGGCAAGAAGAGUGGGAAGAAGUGGAACACCAAGGAGAGCUACAAUGACGUGUCCAGUUUCCGUGCCAAAGUGGCUCAUGCAAAGGGCAACAAGGGGGGGAAGAAAGGCAAAGGAGGAAAACAAAAUAAACGUCCAGGCAAAUCAGUACGCAGGAAAAUGAAGGGCCGCUCUUAAAAAGUGGACUGAGGCUGGUCCAUAUGCUGGACUGGACCUUUUGCUUUUAUGCAGGAUUACAUCAAGACACAUUUGGGAGAAGGCAGAGCUUUCCUUGUACAUUUUUUGUACAAUUUGCCUUUCAUGAAAUAUGUCUUGAUUUCUCGGAGGACUCUGGAAGCUGCAGAGAAAGAGACUUUUUGCCAUAUUGCUAGGAAAGCCAUUUGAAGGCCAGGACUGAAGAGACAGUGUCCUUGCAGAAAUGGUCAAACGAGAGAAUCUGAAUGUUAUGCCAUAAAUGAAAACAUAAUUUUCUCUUCCUACUUUAUUUGGUAAGCCUUUUUCUGAUCCCACCUCAGUAUCCUCAUCUGCAUCCCUGUUGUCUUGUCCGAGCUGUGAGCCCCUUUAUAGUUUGUUGUUUUCAGUUUUAUAUUUUCUAACUCAGCUCCUUGACUCAUCACUUCUCCCCCAUGUGACCUGACAUUUUAUAAUAUUGAGCAGCUGCCUCUUUUGCCCUUUCCCCUGUUCAUUAAUAUGAUUACAGUGUGAGAGGCAAGUCUGCUUUGUGUAGACCUGUGCGAGUGUUUGCCCUGCAUGUGUUUUUCUCUUUGCUAAGAUGGAAAUACUAUCGGGCAACUUCUGCUGAUGAUGUCUGUAUGUUUGAUAAAUAAAAAUAUAAACAGAU